AUGAAACUCACCUGCCUCAGACUGCCUGCCUCAGACUGCCUCAGACUGCCUGCCUCAGACGGCCUCAGACGGCCUGCUUCAGACUGCCUUAGACUGCCUGCCUCAGUCUGCCUGCCUCAGACUGCUUCAGACGGCCUGCUUCAGACUGCCUCAGACUGCCUGCCUCAGACUUUUAUGACCUAUGCCUCAGAGUCUUUGGUCAGCCUCAGAGACUUUGGUCAGUCUAGAGUCUUUGGUCAGCCUCAGAGUCCUUGGUUCAGCCUGAGAGUCUUCGGUCAGUCUCAGUCUUUGGUCAGUCUCAGAGUCUUUGGUAAGCCUCAGAGUCUUUGCCUAUGUGUGGUCAGCCUCUAUGUGGUCAGCCUCUAUGUGGUCAGCCUCUAUGUGGUCAGCCUCUAUGUGGUCAGCCUCUAUGUGGUCAGCCUCUAUGUGGUCAGCCUCUAUGUGGUCAGUCUAUGUGUGGUCAGCCUCUAUGUGGUCAGCCUCUAUGUGGUCAGACUCUAUGUGGUCAGCCUCUAUGUGAUCUGUAUGAUGCUGACCUGUCUGUUUGUCUUGUGUUUCUGCAGGGCUGGCAUCAAUGAGGUGGAGACGGAUGUGGUGGAGAUCGAAGCUAAACUAGAUAAGCUGGUGAAGUUAUGUAGCGGUAUGAUCGAAGCGGGCAGGGCGUACGUAAGCGCCAACAAACUGUUUGUCACCGGCAUCAAAGACUUGUCUCACCAGUGCAAGAAAGAAGAAAUGAUCUCUGAGUGUCUGGAGAAGUGUGGGGAGAGCCUGCAGGAGAUCGUCAACUACAACAUGAUCCUAUUUGACCAGGCCCAGAGGUCAAUCAAACAGCAACUCCACACCUUCAUCAAAGAGGACGUGCGUAAGUUCAAGGAGACGAAGAAGCAGUUUGACCGUGUGAGGGAGGACAUGGAGAUAGCCCAGGUGAAGAACGCCCAGGCCCCCAGGAACAAACCUCACGAGGUGGAGGAGGCCACUUCCUCUCUCACCCUGACCAGGAAGUGCUUCAGGCACCUGGCCCUAGACUACGUACUGCAGAUCAAUGUUCUUCAGGCUAAGAAGAAGUUUGAGAUCCUUGAUGCAAUGCUGUCGUUCAUGCGAGCCCAGUACUCCUUGUUUCAACAGGGCUAUAAAAUAUUGGAUGAGAUUGAUCCCUACAUGAAGAAACUAGCUGCAGAGCUGGAUCAGCUGGUCAUUGACUCAGCCAUGGAGAAGAGAGACCUGGAACACAAACAUGCUACCAUACAGCAGAGGACUCUGAUGGAGGACUUCUCCUAUGAUGAUAAUAAGGUGGAGUUCAACGUGGACGCUCCUAACGGAGUGGUGAUGGAAGGUUACCUGUUCAAGAGGGCCUCCAAUGCCUUCAAGACCUGGAACAGACGGUGGUUCUCCAUACAGAACAGCCAGCUGGUCUACCAGAAGCGACUUAAGGAUGCCCUGACGGUGGUGGUGGAGGACCUGAGGCUGUGUUCAGUCAAACCUUGUGAGGACGGAGAGAGGAGGUUCUGCUUCGAGGUGGUGUCCCCCACUAAGAGCUGUAUGCUCCAGGCAGAGUCAGAGAAGUUACGGCAGGCCUGGAUCCAAGCUGUACAGGCCUCCAUCGCCUCUGCAUACAGAGAGAUAUCAGACAACUACUACAUCGAGCGUCUGGACCGGACAGCCUCCCCCUCUACCAGCAGUAUAGACUCAGCCAGCGAGCCCCGGGGGGAGAAAUGGGGGAGAGGGGGUGAGGGCAGGGGGGAGAGCAUCCUCCACCGGGUGCAGACCCUCCCGGGUAAUGAGCUGUGUUGUGACUGCUCCCAGGCUACACCAUGCUGGGCCUCCAUCAACCUGGGAGUCCUACUCUGCAUCGAGUGCUCUGGCAUACACAGGAGUCUGGGGGUUCAUUGCUCCAAGGUUCGUUCACUAACACUGGACUCCUGGGAACCAGAGCUACUCAAGUUGAUGUGUGAGCUGGGUAACAAUGUGAUUAACCACAUCUAUGAGGGAGCCUGUGAGGAACUGGGAGUGAAGAAACCUGGACCUUCCAGUCCUAGACAAGAGAAGGAGGCGUGGAUCAAGGCUAAAUAUGUGGAGAGGCGUUUCCUGAAGAAGAUUAGUGUCAGUGACUCAUUGGUGGAAGGUGAGAGGAAGUCCCGCCCCUGGAGCGUGAAGAAGUGUCAUCGCCACAACAGCUCCAUGCGAGGAGCGCCCAAAACCCGCCGGAAAUACCGACACGACCCCGGUUUGAUUUCACCAGGAAACCUCUCCGCAGCUGCAGCAGCAGCGAAGCUCCGACGUGACUCUCUGUUUUGUCCUGAUGAGAUGGACAACCUCUUCUCCUACUUCGACACUGGCAAUGGCACCCGCAGUCUGAGCAGUGACAGUGGGCUGGGAGGCAGUACAGACGGGAGCACAGACAUCCUGGUGUUUGGCUCAGUGGUCUACAGUGUCACCGAGGAGGAGUGUGAGGGUGAGUCAGAAGAGGAGGAGUCUAGCGGGGAGGUGGAGAUAGAGCAGGAGGCGGGAUCAGAACCUGAGGAGCCCCUCCCCCCGGGGGCGUUGCUCUACCGGUCGUCACGGCUACACAACCUGCCACUCAUGGCCGAGGCGCUGGCACACGGGGCAGACGUCCAUUCUGCCAGCGAUGAGGAGGGAAAGACCCCGCUCAUACAGGCCGUGACAGGGGGCUCUCUGACAGCGUGUGAGUUCCUGCUGCAGAAUGGGGCUGAUGUGAACCAGAGGGACAUGGGGGGGAGAGGACCCCUCCACCACGCUACCUACCUGGGACACACAGGUCAGGUGUGUCUGUUCCUGAAGAGAGGGGCUUGUCAGACGGAGGUGGAUGAGGAAGGUCACGACCCUCUGAGCAUGGCUGUCCAGGCCGCUAACGCCGAUAUUGUUACAUUGUUGCGGUUAGCACGGAUGAACGAGGAGAUGCGCGAGGCGGAGGGUCCGUUUGGUCAGCCAGGUCAAUACCCCAGCAGCUCCCCAACUGAACAUCAGUACAGGAAAUGUAUUCAGGAGUUUAUCUGCCUCACCAUAGACUACUGUUAGGGGGCGCCACUGAGGCAGGAUGCAUCCCAAAUUGCACCCUAUUCCCUAAGUAGUGCACUACAUUUGACCAGAGGCCUAUUGGUACCCUAUUCCCUAUGUAGUGCAUUACUUUUGACCUGGGCCCACUACAAAAGUAGUGCACUUCAUAGGGAAUAGGGUGAAAUUUCGAAUACAGAUUAGCCACUACUAACUGGGCAUAUAGAGGCAUAUCAUACAGGGCAGAGUAGUAGGAUGAAGUUGCCCUUAGAUAAACUGGUCUGGAGUCAGUUUUGCUUUGUUAUCGUAAUUGGUUAGGGUUAUGAUUUGUGGAGGGUAAAGCUGAUUCUAGAUCUGUGUCUAAGUGCAACAAUGCCCUACUGACCGUAGCGCAGAACAACGUCGUUUUAUCUUACCAACAAUAUGCUUCUCUUCUUCUUCUACAUCCAGAUCUUUUAACCACAUCGCUAGCUGCUUUCCACACCGUUCAUAUUAUAAACUGAGUGAAACACAGUGUAUCUGGCUGUUCCUAAUAGUCUUGUCUGUGGUUCUCACUGUCAGUCCGUUUACUCGCUACACUGCUCAACACUUCCUGCCUCUCCUGUACACUCUUAGAGAAAAACAAAGUGCUAUCCAGAACCAUUAAUGGCUCUUCGGCUGUCCCCAUCAGGAGAUCCCUUUGAAGAACCCGUGUGGGUUCCGUAUAGAACCCUUAGUGUAGGCUUUCCUGUCCAUGUAUUACCUCCCCUCUUCCUCCCUCUUCCUCCCUCUCUUACCAGUAAGGACGUAAGCUUCCACAGUCUUUACAAUAUUAUUCUACAGUGUCCUUCCUAUUCAGCAUUUUACAGUAGUUUAGAACAUUAUAUUAUAGUGUUCUAUUCAGCAUUUUACAGUAGUUUAGAACAUUAUAUUAUAGUGUUCUAUUCAGCAUUUUACAGUAGUUUAGAACAUUAUAUUAUAGUGUUCUAUUCAGCAUUUUACAGUAGUUUAGAACAUUAUAUUAUAGUGUUCUAUUCAGCAUUUUACAGUAGUUUAGAACAUUAUAUUAUAGUGUUCUAUUCAGCAUUUUACAGUAGUUUAGAACAUUAUAUUAUAGUGUUCUAUUCAGCAUUUUACAGUAGUUUAUAUUCCAGAAUUUGAUAGUACCAUAAGAAUUAAUCAGCGCCCAUUGUGUUGUAAUGAAUUAGAAUCUGUCGAUUUAGAAAUAAUGGCAUGAUUACAGUAUGUCUAUAACUCCGUGUUCCUUAAAGGGUUCAAGCUGUCCUGAAAAGGAAGCCUUUUGUCCUUAUGUCUUCUGUGGGAGAUCGAGGUUAGAUGUAAUUCAGUGGCUAGAUGUGCAGGGUUCCAACUGUUGUUCUACGGUGGCAUGAGGUUACAGUGAUAUGGAAUGGCUGUUGUUGUGGCUGCUAUAGGCAUGGUCAAGGAUGGUCCACUGCCGUAGUCUGGGAAGGUGGGGUCGUCAUGUUUCACUGUGUGUGUGUGUGUAAUGGGAAGGGACGGAUGCAGGGGCGAAGUGGUUCAAAUGUGAUGAGAAUACCGAAGGACUGAUGGAUGGAGAAAGAGACAAAACGUCUGCUUUGUUGUUAUUUGUGAGUGAGGAUUAAAUGCUAUAUUAUUAUUGUUAUUAUUAUUAUUAUUAUUACGAUGAUAUCUUAAUGUAAAAACAACAACUUUCCCCUGUUUGAACAGUAAUGUGCUUUAUUUAUCGUUGCUGUCGUGUUUACGUCAUGCUCUCUCAUUUUGCUCGUUGAGUUUCUGUCUCUUUGUUUUGUAUUGGUUUAUUUAUGUUAAAAUAGGGUAGUAAAACAAUCCGGAAUCUUCCAUACGUGAUUCCUGGAAAACCGAGGAAUUUGGGGGAAGUUAUUGGAAUGUUGUAAUCCUACGUUGAACCCGAAAGGACUCGUGCAAUGAUGAUUAUUAUUACAGAAUUGAUGUGUUUCUGUAAAUUAUUUUCCUUUAUUUUAUUUUUUUAUCUUUCAAACUUUUCAAUAUCCUCACUUUUUUUCCCUGACUGGAUAUGUUUUGGUCUGGUCUUGGCGUCAUUGUGUCACACACACAUUCUGGCUUCAGUUCUAAACAAGGGUUUCAUCAACCCUGAUCUAUACCUACAAUUACUGUACUAGACUUGUUGAAAAAAUGUAAUUUAUUUGUAGACAUUCUAGUGAUUAAGUGUUUCUAUAUCUAUAUUUCAAACCUUUUUUGUCAUUCAGUGUUUCAGUGUUUGACUGAUAAAGACAUCUUCUUCACGACCACACCAGUGGUGCUUUGGUUGACUUAUGGCGACAGAGGGAGUCAGAGGCCAUUGGUAACUGUCCCUGUAGUAGGUAGGGAGAGGAAGAGCUAGACCCAUUUAAUUAUCAUCCAAACCCAUUGUAAUUCUAUGGUUACAACUGACUGUCUUCUCCGGCCAUCAUUGCUCAAUGCUCAUUAUAUUCUGCAUGCUUUUCGGUUGUGACCAGAACGUUCUAGAACGUAUGUACGCGUUCUAGAAUAUACUCUUGGGCGUUUUUAGAAUGCUGCGUAGUACUUGGGGGCGUUCUAGAAUAUACUCUUGGGCGUUUUUAGAAUGCUGCGUAGUACUUGGGGGCGUUCUAGAAUAUACUCUUGGGCGUUUUUAGAAUGCUGCGUAGUACUUGGGGGCGUUCUAGAAUAUACUCUUGGGUGUUUUUAGAAUGCUGCGUAGUACUUGGGGGCGUUCUAGAAUAUACUCUUGGGCGUUUUUAGAAUGCUGCGUAGUACUUGGGGGCGUUCUAGAAUAUACUCUUGGGCGUUUUUAGAAUGCUGCGUAGUUCUUGGGGGCGUUCUAGAAUAUACUCUUGGGCGUUUUUAGAAUGCUGCGUAGUUCUUGGGGGCGUUCUAGAAUAUACUCUUGGGUGUUUUUAGAAUGCUGCGUAGUUCUUGGGGGCGUUCUAGAAUGCUGUCUGCGUUCGGAGCAUGAUAGUUUCCUAUUUGUCCCCUGAUGGUGCUGUGAAGUCCUGUUAAAAAGCAUGAGCUACAGUACAGUACAGCCACUUCCUGUGAUGUCCUAAAACAACUUCCUCCUGUCUCUUUGGUAGACCUAUGGACCUCUGUGCCAUCUCUACGUCCACUUAUGGACCAGCUAUAGCUUCACUGUUUUGUCAAUUUGAUUUAUUUUUCCUUUUUAAUGAAACAUAGAGCUGAACUGUUUUUCGUUCUCUGGCCGACCUCUGUUUGUUCCUCAACUACGUUGGCAUGAAGUCCUAAAGUAGUUUGAAUUUUUUUUUUGUUCUCUGCCAAAGAGAAAAGAGAAGUGUUCGACAGUGCUGUUAGAGAAUACAUAAAUACUGUGUUUAACGUCUGAUAACGCGUGGUACAGUGAAACAUAAUGUGUUCGACAGUGUUUUUACAAAAUGUUCUAGUGAAGAUAGUCACAGAACAAUUAUUAUUUUCAUCAAUUGUUUUUUAUUUUCAGAGUGUGGAAGCAGGUGAUAUUCUGCAAGUAUUUUGAAUUCAAAGUAAAACAACGGGAGUGAUAAAGUCAAUAUAUUUGACCAGGGACUGUGACUAAAUAGGGUGGUAACCUAGCCCAGCUGAAGUGGUGGGUGUUGUUUCUUACUGUUUUAACAUUGGGGUUAAAGGAUGCUUCUAAACAAACAAACAAACAUGCUGUAAAUAAAAACGCUUUUUCAAAUUUUAA